AUGGCAAGCGGAAACAACAGCGUCGUCUACCUCGCCGUCAUCGGAGAACAGCGUGAACUUAUCGUUUCUCGCGCCUUCGGUGACGCUGACGAGGCGCAGCUGCAGCUGUCUGCAUAUGCUGCUAUGGACGUCAUUCAGGAAAAAAUGGUUAUCCAACACUAUUCGGCCACACCCGGGGAGCAGUCAGACCCUUAUCUGGGAUUCAUUACUCCUACGUUGCUCGGGGAGGAAUUUUAUAAGGUGCAUGCCUACAUGGCCGCCACGGGCUUCACCAUCAUCGCAAUUUUCGACGAGCAUGACGCUUCCCUAGAGUCCAUUAGACAGGUACUUCAGUCGCUCAACAGCCGUAUCGCUGCGCAGUUUUUCGAGAAGAUACACAUCCUAUUUGCGAACACAAUGUGCAACCCAUUUAUGUCAAUGAAAUUUCAUUCACCGAGGUUUUACGCCAGUUUGGAAAAGAUCGCGUCGGAGUUCGCCACACCGCAUUAA